AUGGCAGGGUUCUCCUCGGGGAGCACAUCCGGUGGCGUUUCCUGUGUUUGUAAACUGAAAGAAAUUGGAACGCAGGCCACGGGCGUCGAACCACGAAAAACGAGGAAAAUUAAAAGGUAAACACCCAAAAACUACGUUUGAAUAUCACAAAUGGUUUGAUUUAUUGUAUGUUUAGUCGUGUAUCAGACGAUAUUUGAAAAAUUCGGCCUCCGUCUCUAAGCAAAAAAAGGAGUGACUGACACGGCUUGUGUUAGCUUGACAACAGGGGAGGGGGAGUACGAAUCGACCAUCACGAAUGAAUGUCUUUAUCGGGAAAUCUUGCUGUACUAGCUGCUUAGUCGUUUUGAGGCUCGUCUGAUCGGAAUCCUCAAACUGUUGUUUUAUCUAGCUGGCUGUAUUUAUCCGGAUCUAAUCAUAUAAAAAUUGCCUAACGAUAUCAUAUUUCGAUAUGUUGAUGGAUGGCAACUGAAGUUAGUAAGAUGUGAUGAUGUGCGUGGAGGCCACUACUAACUAACGUUAGCUACGUCGUUAUUAGCUAGCUAUCUGUUUCGGGCUAGCGGUUAACGGUGUUCUUAGCCGCUCGAUGUUUUGUGUCUGAGUUAUGAUUACAUUAACAUUUUAGUCACAUAACAGACGCUCUCAUCCAGAACGAUUUACAAUUAGUCCAUUCAUCUUAAAAUCAUUUUAAGAUUAUGAGAUAAUCUUACGAUGAUAAGGAAUGCCUUUUAAUUGUUGGGUUAAGUCAUUUAAAUAUAACUUCAAGUAGUUAACUUAAUGUUUAGUAUUUAUACCGUUGCAGGCUAACUAGCAAACGUUAGCUAGUUAGCUAACCAGCUAAGUUGAUUAAAUAUAUAUUUCACUGUAAGUUACUACUUGAUGGUCCAUUGCCUUGCUACACUCGCUAGUUAUUUCGUUAACUUCGCUAGCUACAUCAGUAGCUAGCUACAUCCAGGGGAAAUUGCUCAUAUUUGCAAAGAUAACCAGCCACGCUAGUGUAUCAAACGGUUGCGGCUGCAUGUAAUGUUAGCUAGCUAUGGGGUUGCUAAAAGAUAGAUUUAGGUUUCCCGUGGAUCAUUAUUUAGCCAGAGCCAUAUUAUAUGACUAUUAUUAUAUGCCAUAUAUUUAGUUAGCUAGAGUUAUUCCAAAUUCCAAAAGUUGACCUACCUAAAUACAUUGAUCUGCCUGGCCAUAGCCAUUAACUUGCCAAUGUGGGUGCCAUUGGUUUUAUUUGUAAAAUGAUUUUCAGCUGUAAGGCUAUUCCCAAUCAUGUUAGGUUAACCUAUCUACAGUAUCAGCCUUUUGUCCCAAAUUCAUGGUAGCUAGCUAUAUUGGUUAUAGUUCUCAUACCUGUUCGCUAGCUAGCUAACGUUAGCUAUAUGUUUAUGUACACAAUUGGUAUUGUGCAGUAUUGGAAUUGGGUGCCUGGCUGAAUUGCUUGACCAUCCCAUUUUGGAUAUUAGCUAGAUGUGUUGAAAUAAUGUGACCUUUGUUUGGGGCUUGUAGGAGCGGCUCUUUCAGAAUCUUAUUUAAUAGCUAGCUAAGUGACCUGAUGACAGCAAAUGGCCAUAUACAGUUAUUAUGGAGAUGCUUGUUUUUGAGUAAUAAUUGGGUUUUGUGUGAUUGGAGCUGUUACAAUCUGUGACUCACUGCUGGUUUUAGCAUUUAAAAAUAAUUUCAUUAUUAUUGGAUGUAUUUUCAUAUUUUGUCCACAUCCUCCUCUUCCUCAGUUUUAGUGCUAGAUGAGUGAGGUGGGUGUGGCCCCCCGUCAGAUUGACCAUCCUGAUUGACGGAUCCCUGGAUGACCUUGUCCCCGCCCCCAUCCCCGCCCUCACAUACACCGUUCCCACUGCAAUGUCACACCUGCCCAGCAGCUCAGUCCGCGACCAUAUGAAAUGGGUUUGUUUUCCAACAAAAAUUAUAAUGAUAAAAUGGCUACAAACAACAUGCCUAUUAUUAGGCAACAUUAUACAGUAUUUUUUGUCACUCAGGAUGUGGUCGUCAUUAAAUGUCAAGUGUUUCAUAUUUUUUUUAAAGUCUGUUUUAUCAUUGGGUUUCAUACCGUUUCUGGUGUAACUGUAACUUGGCCUCUGACAGUCUUUGAGUGUUUGUCUUCUCAUUUGUUUAGCUCCUCUCUGCACCCAGACUGGUUCUGUUUGAUAUAUUUUCUAAAUGUCUGAUUUCUACUGAUUUCCCUGACUCGGGCUGGGUUCUGUUCCCAGGCGGGGUUGCUUGGCUGUGAGGCUGUUCUCUCCAGUAUGGCCCUGAUGCAGGCCAGCUCCAUGGCCGGUCCGCCCAAGAAGAUGAUGGCUCCGCUCGGCCAUGGUCCACCACCCCAGAGGGAUGGCUCAGACCGCGGUCCUCAGAGCCACAUGAUCCUGCCAUCUGGAAUGAGCUGUCCACCCCUGGUUAGGAGGAGCUGGGGCAAUGCAGAGGGAGAGGAGGGAGCUUUGUUGUUUAUCAUUGUUACCCACUGAAAGAACAACAAAUGAGAAAUUGACAUAUUUCGCAUUGGCUAGGUCUCAGCAGUAACUUACUGUGGGAUGCUAAUAUGCCUAAAUAAGUCUUAAUUAAUGAUUUAAAGAGGCUGCCAGAUUAUGUACAUCAAUUAAAAGUAGUCAUAGGUUACCUUCUGUAUUUCUGUCUUUUGACAAUGUUUUUUUUACUGCUCAUUAUUUGUUAAAGGAUUCUAAAAUAUCCUGUGGUUCAUGUUUAAAUUUAACAUAUUUAGAAAACAUUAUUGUUUUGUUUCUGUCUUGAAAUGUAGGCCUAUCUGUAAGGUAAGGCUGACUCACAGGCCCCUGUCUCCCUCUUGUAUGUGCUCCCCAGCUUAUCCGGAAGGAGGCUGACUUCCACGCCCCCCGCCUGCUGGACGAGAAGGAGAUGAGGGCCAACGAGGACAUGCAGCUGAAAAAGAAGAACAGGAAAUCAGGAACGCCCUGUAAAGUGAGAGAGGAAGACGGGAGGGGAGGGAAGGUCAGUGUCUCUGAAUUUUAAAGCAAAACAACUUCUCUCUGUGUGUUUCGGAGAGAUUGUGUUAUAAAAACGGACUGAAAGUGUGUUUGUGUGCAUGUCUGUGGGCGUUUGGCUCUCUUUGUGCUUUUGUGAGUGUGAGACUGACUUUUUUUUGUCUCUCGCUGAGUUGGUGCUUUGAGUGUGCACAUAUUUUUUUUGUGGUGGGAGGAGUGCAGAGGAGAUGUGGAGGGGGUGGGGUUCUCUGGAGAGGAAAGAGGGGGGAGGGGAACACAAUAACUGUUAUUGUGUUUGAGGGGGGAGCUGUAACGCGGGAGGGGGUUAACCCUUCUCUAUGUUUUGUGUACCUAGUGCUUUAAAUGGCCAAAAUGGUCAAAACAUUGUUUUAAUCCUGUACUACCUUAAUUUAGUUCUGCCUUUUAGGUUAGCACUGGCUUUUCUCAUACUAAAACUAUUGUAUCAUAUGUUUCCUAAACAAAAGUGUGAGGGCAUGCUUGUUGUGAUGAUUUAGUAGAUGUUUGUUUGCAAGUUUUUUCUGUAUGGUGUAUUUAGGCCUACAAUUUUAUGCUGAGCCACUAUUCUGUCAUAUCCUGCCUAGGUGGUUGUUGUGGAUGAGAAUGGGAACUGUCCAAUAUCCAAAGUGCAGAAAAACUUCAUCUGUGAUCACUGUUAUGGAGCAUUUAGGAGUGGAUAUCACCUGAAGAGACACAUCCUCAUUCAUACAGGUAUGUGUCCCAACCACAAUGGCCAGCUAACUUCUGGAGGUUCUCCAUUACCAGUUAGGGAGAUGUUUAAAAUGCUUAGCUAAUACAGUAAGAAAAUACAUACAAGGCCCGCAGAAACACCAGUUUGGAUUAAGUGACCAGUGAUUUUAAGCUUAUGAGAUGGCCUCCUAAAAGAGAUUGUCUAGUGUCAGAUUUUGAUUCACAGUUUUUGGUGUUCUCUCUGGGGACCUUUCACUAAAACUGGUACUCUUCGGUUUAGGGGAGAAGCCGUAUGCUUGUGGCAUAUGUGACAUGAGGUUUAUUCAGCGUUACCACCUGGAGAGACACAGCCUCAUUCACACGGGUAUGCGUCUUCUUACCGUACCCAUCUCUCACUAAACAGGCUACACCUGUAGUUCUGCACCGGAACCCCAGUAUACAGGGUUUUCAGUGUUCUUUGUCAUUUGGACAGUAAUUUCCAACAAAGCUCAACAUUCCUUUCACCUCAACUAUGUGAAGGAGAGGGGUUAUCAUCACAAAUGUACAAUUGGGUCCCCCAACACCAAUGAGCGUACAAAUGAAAGGUCUAUUUGGUACAAAUGUUUAUAGGUUGGCCAUAGGAGGCUGUACAAAGGUCACAUUUUUAGGACAUUGUUGCUUUAGGUAGGUGAAGGUGUUGCUAGUUUAGCAGUAGCUUUUUGUGUGCAGUAUGAGAUUUUGAAUAGAAUUUACUGCAUGGACAUCAAUCGACUCUGAUUUUCUGAGACAUUUUGUAAUAUUGGUAAGUAGACCAUUUGAAGAGUGGCCUAUACCCUCUUCUUCAUUGGAAAAUAAAACAAUGCUUUACAAGUUUGCAUUUUUAUUUUAAAAUGAAAACAAUUUUCUUUAGAUUUUAGGUAUCUUAUAUUUGUGGAAUUCUCAUUUGACCAAAAGCGAGAUACAUAUGGAUCAUAGUCAAGUAUUAUGGGUGUGUUCAUCAUUUGGCCAUAUGUUUAUCCUUGUAAAUCUAACCAAUAAUCCUACUGAAAUUGAUUUGAAUUGACAGUUAGAAAUUUGCAAUUUGGAAUAAAAUAUUUUUGUAUUCUUCGCAGAUUGAAUAGCUAAUAUUUUUAUGCUCUGUGUGUAUAGGGGUGAAGCCGUACGCUUGUUCCAUGUGUGACAUGAGGUUUUUCCAGCGUUACCACCUGGAGAGACACAGCCUCACUCAUACGGGUAUGAGUCCUCUUUCCGUACCCAUCUCACAUAAAACAAGCGACCCAUUUUACUCCUGUUUGUCAUAGAGCAAUGUGUUGAAUGUAAAAUUAAAAAGUCAUACCAUGGCAGUUGGCCAGCCUCGGGAGCUCAGGAUGUGACAAAGAUCUUUAUGCUAGGGGCCUCCCGAGUGGCGCAGUGGUCUAAGGCACUGCAUCGCAGUGCUAGCAGUGCCACUAGAGAUCCUGGUUCGAAUCCAGGCUCUGUCGUAGCUGGCCGCAACCGGGAGACCCAUGGUGUGGCGCACAAUUGGCCCAGCGUUGUCCAGGGUAGGGGAGGGUUUGGCCAGCAGGGAUGUCUUUGUCCCAUCGCGCUAUAGCGACCCCUGUUGGGGGCCGGGCGCAGUGCACGCUAAUUCGGUCACCAGGUGAUAUGGUGUUUCCUCCGACACAGCUGGCUUCCGGGUUAAGUGCGGCUCGGUUGGGUUGUGUUUCGGAGGACACACGACUCUCGACCUUUGCCUCUCCCGUGUCCGUCCGUACGGUUGCAGCGAUGGGACAGGGACUGUAACUACUACCAAUUGGAUACCACGAAAUUGGGGAGAAAAAAGGGGUAAAAACAAAAAAGAUCUUUAUGCUAGGACAAAAGCAAUGUGUCAUUCAUAUAGGUAGAAAUGCAAACUUCCUAUACAGUUACAGUGCGUUCAGAAAGUGUUCAUACCCCUUGACUUAUUCCACAUAUUGUUGCAGCCUGAAUUCAACACUUAUUAAAUAUAUUUUUUUCUCACCCAUCUACACACAAAACCCCAUAAUGACAGGUAUAACAUGUUUUUAGAAAUGUUUGAAAAUGUAUUUAAAAUUAAAUAAGUAAUAUCUUAUAUUCAUAAGUAUGCACACCCCUGAGUCAAUACAUGUUAGAAUCACCUUUUGCAGCGAUUACAGCUGUGAGCCUUUCUGGGUAAGUCUCUAAGAGCUUUGCACACUUGGAUUGUACAAUAUUUGCACAUUGUUCUUCAAGCUUUGCCAAGUUGGGUGUUGAUCAUUGCUAGACAGCCAUUUUCAAGUCUUGCCAUAGAUUUUCAAGACAAUUUUAAGUAAAACUGUAACUAGGCCACUCCGGAACGUUCACCCUCUAACCCAACGAUAAGCCUUGCUGUCCAAUUUUUUUAAUUAAUCUUGCGCUGUUGGCGGUAGGUGCACCCGAUUCAGCUGCCCUGCGCGCUGAGUAGGAGACAUGUUCCCAUUUUGAACCAUUUAAUGUCUGAAGGUAUAAUCAUUCCAUUCCCGGGGGGAGCAAAUCAAGUGCACCAUAGGCCUACCGCUGGCCAAUCGGAUCACUCAGAUUGCUGUGUCUGCAGUAACGUAGCAGGUGUAAAAUAAUGCUACAGCAAAGUUGAUACUGUGAGAUUUCUAAACUUUUAAAACCAUGACUAGAGCGAGAUUCUCAGCGAAUAUAGCAAAGAGCUGCUGUUUUUAUGAGUGAGUUCAUUUUAAAGUUUUUACUCAGCACUGUCAACACUUUCUAUUCAAUACCUUUAUAAGCCCUAAAAUGUGCUUCUCCCUACUUCCAUUCAGCGCUACAACCAGCUCUGCAGCUGCAAUGAAUGACUAGGAAAGUGUAUAGAUAGGCUUGGUCAUAGGAGUAACAACAUGAAUUUGUGCAUGAGGCGGUGCAACUCGAGUUUCGCCAUUAGCUGGAAGAUGGUGUCCCUUUUUGGUCAGUGGAAGAGAGAGCGGAAGGACGUUGAGAGGCGGACCCUUAGUCUGCUGCCCUCUCCCUCCGCUGAGACUGAUCAUAAGAUACAGGCUCCAUCAGCCCAGUGAAAUAAAAAGCAAAUUAUUUAAACGUAUGCUCACUUAGCUGUGUCUCACAAGUAAUACAACAACUGCUCUAUUACCGGUGUGAUCAUAUAGCCUACCUCAAAUGUUGAAAUAUAGAUAUUUUUUAAUGGUCUGACAAGAACAACAAUGCAUUGGCAGGGCAAUUCAAGCAAAGCUAAUAUGCGGUGAUAAUGUUUUGGGCCUAUAGCCUACUGCACAAACCUCAUUCCUACAGUAUUGUUUUUAAUAAGUUAAUGUUGCAAAGGCUUACAUUUUUUAAGUCCUGUUACAAAAAAAUAAAUGGUAGAUCUCGGCUUGCAUUUUGACUCAGUGAUCUCGACUCAAAGGUUGGUGACCACUGCUCUAUGAUUGUGCCUGUGCUUAGCUCUAUUCCGUUUCUUUUUAUAAAAAUAAAAAAAACUCCCUUGCCGAUGACAAGCAUACCAAUAGCAUGAUGCAGCCAACGCGAUGCUUGAAAAUAUGAAAAGUGGUACUCGGUGAUGUGAUGUGUUGGAUUUGCCCCAAACAUAACACUUUGUAUUCAGGACAUAAAGUUAAUUUCUGUUUUGGAAUAUUUUUUAUUCUGUACAGGCUUCCUUCUUUUCACUCUGUCAUUUAGGUUAGCAUUGUGGAGUAACUAUAUAAUGUUGUUGAUCCAUCCUCAGUUUUCUCCUAUCACAGCCAUUAAACUCUGUAACUGUAAGUCACCAUUGGCCUCGUGGUGAAGUCCCUGAGUGGUUUCCUUCCUCUCCGGCAAUUGAGUUAGGAAGGACGCCUGUAUCUUUAUAGUGACUGGGUGUGUUGAUACACCAUCCAAAGUGUAAUUAAUAACUUCACCAUGCUCAAACGGAUAUUUAAUGUCUGCUUUUUAUUUUAUUUUUACCCAUCUACCAAUGGGUGCCCUUUGUGUGGCAUUGGAAAACCUCCUUGGUCUUUGUGGUUGAAUCUGUUUGAAAUUCACUGCUCAACUGAGGGACAUUACAGACAAUUGUAUGUGUGGGGUACAGAGAUGAGGUAGUUUAUUCAAAAAUCAUGUUAAACACUAUUAUUGCACACAGUGAGUCCAAGCAACUUAUUAUGUGACUUUUUAAGCACAUUUUUACUCUUGAACCUAUUUAGGCUUGCCAUAACAAAGGGGUUGAAUACUUAUUGACUCAAGACAUUUUAGCUUUUCAUUUUUAAUACAUUUGUUUUUAAAAUUCCAAGAACAUAAUUCCACUUUGGCAUUAUGGUGUAUCGUGUGUAGGCCAGUGACACACAAUCUCUAUUUUAAUUCAUUCUAAAGUCAAGUGCUGUGAAUACUUUCUGAAGGCACUGUAUAUGUAUUUAGCAAUUCUAGCACUUAAAAUGUUUAAAACUAUCAGACUCAUGUGGCAAAAGUCAGUCUCUUGCCAACAGAGGGAAUGGUCUCUUGAUGUCCAAGCCUUGCACAUGACUUACUGGUAGUUGUUCAUGGCUAGGUAGCACAAAUGUAAUUGAUAAUGGCUUGAAGUUGGUACAGAUUGUUACUGAUGAUUUUCAUAGGUAAAAACAAGUGCCAAAUAACUUAUUUUGAUGUCAGUGAAGGGUUUCCUCUUUCAUUUAAUUUGUUACACAAAUUGCCAGCUAACAUUUCUGUGGUAGAUUCCCGAUGUUUGUUGCUAUUGAACCCAAAUAGCUUGUGUUAAUUAAACUUGAUUGGGAAUAAAACAUUUUCUUGUUUUAACCUUAAAUGCAUGCUAGAGUGUUUGUCUUCAAGGGGUUAAGACAUGGCAACAAACAUUUUACCUCUAGUACUAAUCAGUCCUUACAUUUUUGUGAAAUGUAUAUGGUUGUAGUUUGGGAUUUGGGUAUUGUUUUGUGUUCCACUUUAUGCAAUAGGAACACUAGCUAAUAUAUUGAUACUCUGUGUGCAUAGGGGUGAAGCCGUAUGCUUGCAACAUGUGUGACAUGAGAUUCUUCCAGCGUUACCACCUGGCGAGACACAGCCUCACUCAUACGGGUAUAGGUCCGCACACCGUACCCUUCUUAACAAUAGGUUAUGACAGUGAUGCUGCACUUAAGCGCCAAUACACAGGUUUCUUAUGUUGUACUUGCAUAAUCUGGCAUAAAGCCACAACAAACUAUGGUUUUAGAACUGCUUAACAAUUUGUGGCUUUCAAUUAACAUCUCUGGAUUCAAAAAAAAUUCUAAACCUGUUUAUGUUUUGACAUUAUGGGAUAUUGUGUCUAGAUUGAUGGGAGAAAAAACUAUUUAAUCAAUUUUAGAUUAAGGCUGUAACAUAACAAAGUGGAAAAAGUCAAGGGGUCUGAAUGCUUUCCGAAUCAACUGUUGAAUAAUGGAAUGUCUCAGUGCGAGCUUUGCAUGGCUAUUGUGACGUCUCAGAUCAUUUUCAUUGCUGCCAUUGUUCUGGCAUGUCUGGCUUUCUUCGAUGAGUGUUUAAAGGACUACUUAACCAUAGGGCUAGAUGCAGACUUUUCUAAAGUUGGUGCUCUGUGUGUGUAGGGGUGAAGCCAUACGCUUGCUCCAUGUGUGAUCAAAGAUUUUUCCAGCGUUACCACCUGGCGAGACACAGCCUCAAACAUACGGGUAUGGGUCCGCUCACCAUACCCAUCUCACAUAUGUAGGCUACACCAGGUACACCAGUGAAAUAAUCUCACAUAAGAACAUCGAGUUUGUAUUGUUGCAAACAAUUAAAUAUUGCAGAUAGACUCCAAGAAGCUCUUUUAUAGGAACAGCUUUAUUUGUUUUUGCAAUAUUAUGGACAAGUUUCACCGCUGCCACUACUUUAAAAUAAAAAUAAGUUUUUCAAAAAUGUUGGUCCAUAUUUUGGUGUCUGGCACAAUACAAACACAGUUAAUACAUGGAUGAUGUUCUUAAAACAAGCCUUAUAUACUCACAUGACUGGUGUAAGUGCUCUUGGUUUAUUUAUUGACUGGUGCUCUGUGUGUAUAGGGGUGAAGCCGUACGCUUGCUCCAUGUGUGACAUGAGGUUCUUCCAGCGUUAUCACCUGUCGAGACACAGCCUCACUCAUACGGGUAUGGCGUCUGCUCACUGUUCCCUUAUUACUCAGUGUAUUUUUAUUGGAGCUACUGACGCAACAUUAUUCAGUUGAAUAUACAUGUUAAGUCCCCAACAGCCCCAUGAAUUGUCAAAUGUUCUGACAAAACAUAUUUGUAGGGUUAGGCUACCUUUUUUAGCACUAAAUUAUACAGGAAAUUCAGUGUUGGAUGUCCUUCUGUUGGUAAUCCCUUCUCAAUGUGAAUGGAAUAAAGAGGCUUUGUUGGAAACUACUGUCCACUGGAAAGAAAAAUCUAAAACUCCAUGUUAUUCAAUAUUAGAGAAUGAUGUGACCUGUUAAGAAUGUGUUUUAUACAUCCGUGUUUUUUCUAGUCAGUGAACCAAAUGUACCGGUAAUUGCAAGUACUCUUAAGGGUAGAGACACACUUAUGGUUUUUCAUUGUAUUUCCCCUAUAAGUGAUUUGUUUAUACAAUUGUUUAAAUUGUAAAGCAGGAAAUCCAGCAUGUUAAUGUCUAGAAUAAAAAAAUCAGGGAAUGCAUAUUUUAAAACUGACAGAAAGAUGGCUAAUAUUUGUCUGCUCUGUGUGUUUAGGAGUGAAGCCGUAUGCUUGUUCCAUGUGUGACAUGAGGUUUAUUCAGCGUUACCAACUGGAGAGACACAGCCUCACACAUACGGGUAUGUGUCCUCACUUUAAAUCUCUCCCUCUCGCUUCAAUCAGGCAUUGCAGAUGCCAUGCAUGAGCCCCACUGCAAUGUGUGGUUAAAUGUGUCCCCUAUGUCAUGUUGGGUAUAAUGGAAUUUAAUUCAUACAUAUGGCUGCAUCAAACUCGAGUUUGUAUUGUUAAAGGCGUUUUAUUUCAAAAUCAAAGCCUUGUUUCCUGUCAGAUCUUAGAGAAAGAUGUUGAAUAUUGUUUUAUGUAGGCAAAGAUUUUCCAAGCUAACCUGUUUACAGAGGACUAUGAUAGAUGUUUAUCAAACCCUCAAAUCAUUGCACAACAUUUGUAAAUCGGCAUCAGAUCAUGUUUAGAAAUAAGGCUUGUUAUAGUGAAACGAACAAUUUUAAUCAAGCCCCAGGUCCGAUAAAAUCUUUGAACCCCCAUGUUGGAAUUGAGCUUGAGGUCUCGCUAAGAGCCACAACUUUCGGCUGACUGCAUUUAGUCUUUCAAAAAAUGUCCUAUGGAAGCAGUCUUUGAUGGAGUUCAGGAUAGCAGGAGAAUCGGACAGCUUCAGGAGUUUGAGACGUCACAAUAGCAUGCCAAAAAUCACAUGGUUGUGUCAAUGUGUUUUAUGUUUAAAUAUGUACCAACUGCCUAAAAUGUUCACAUCUAAUGUUCAUAUGAACAGCAUGACGUGAAGCCAUGUGUCCACCAGCAUUUUCACCCAAAAUUCUAACCUGACUCAGCAAAAUUGCAAUUGUUUUUAGCUAAACCAUUGGUAGCUAGUAGCCACGCUUAGGCUACAACAGUGAUUUUGCUGUGUAUUAUGGCGGUGUAUUAGAGCAUUACCUUUCUUCGCAUUGCCCAUUGAACAUAAACUGCCCAAUACUCAUUGGGCACUUAAAUCUAGUCCCAAUUGGAUUAGUAGAUUGCACCUUUUUGACCAACCGCUGUAACAAGAUUUUCUGUAAAAAAAAAUUGGCUGGUGAACAAGACCAAAACUGUGCUAAGCUUAUUUAGCUGCAGUAAAGGAAUAAUCCACUCAACAAUCUUUUGGUAUUUCUUUCAUUAGUCCAUUGUUGAUACAGUCCCAAAAUGUUUUGCAUGUCAGCGAUCAAGUUUUCAAGAUAUAGGACUUUCAAAAAGCAAAUUGUUACUUGCCACAUCAUGGUGAUGCAAAAUGCUUCAUAUGAUGCAAAACACUUCAUCAUGAUUUUGUGGCAAGUGACAAUUUUGCUUUUUGAAAGUCCUAUUUCUUGAAAACUUGAUUGCUGAAAUGCAAAACAUUUUGGGGCCAUCAACAGUGCACGAAUGGAAAAAAUACCAAAAGCUAUUUGAGUGGAUUAGUCCUUAAAGAUCGAUCAUUUUUGGCAGUUGAACCUUUUUAUACUAAAGUUGGUGCUCUGUGUGUGUAUAGGGGUGAAGCCAUUUGGUUGCACCAUGUGUGACAAGAGGUUCUUCCAGCGCUACCACCUGGCAAGACACAGCCUCACUCAUAUGGGUAUGCACCCGCUCACCAUAUCCCUGUAAUUAAACCCUAGUAUACAGGGUUGGCAGGAUUUAUUAAUUAGUCAUGCACAAAGAAAAAUAUUGUUUGCAAGUUUGAUAUCUAAAAAAGUUCUUAAUUUUAUUUCCAUUAAGGAUGAGAAGGGUUAGUUUUGCCACCAGGUGACAUCAUCAGCUCAUGUGAUGUGUUAUGGUUGUGGACUAAAGCUUUGGAAAAAAACAUCAAAUGUCUCACUUCAUUGGGGGAAACGUUUUAAAAGAUUUUUGUGAAUUCGUAUUACGUUGCGGCAAGUACUGAAAUUAGUAGUUAACUACCAAUUGAUUUACCAGCCAAGUAUAUACAUACCUAAACCUAAAAAAUUCGAGGCACUGAAAUAAUAUAAUGAUGCUCUGUGGGUUUAGGUGUGAAACCUUAUGCUUGCACCCAGUGUAACAUGAGGUUUGUUCAGCGCUACCACCUGGCGAGACACAGCCUCAAACAUACGGGUAUGGGUCCGCUCACCGUACCCUUCUCACAUAUAGAAACUAGUUAAGGAUGUUAGUAAAAAAUAGCACAGGCACACAUUCAAUAAAGAUUUAAGACUUUGAUCAGGUAUUUGUUAUGAUAAAUUAGUACUAUAUAUUUGAUAAAUUUCUAUGAAUAAUUAUCGUGAUUUGCAGUCCUUUACAAGUGAACUCCUUUGAUGAAAAGUGUUGUAUUGCUAUGUUGUACUUGCGAAGUUCCCAGUAGAACUCGGUCAUAAACCGCCACUAGAAAAACACUUUAUUUUCGCAACUUUCGAAAUUAAGCACUUUAAGAAGGCCUAGAACUACCACUAGAUAAUAUCAUCAGUUCAUCUGUGUUGUAUGAGAUCAUGAAGUGCAAUUUCCUACGUUCUGAAGUCUGUGAAUGGAUGCCUUGUAAAAUUGUGGUUAAUCAUAAAUGAAUUAUGUUUCUUUCAUUGGCUAAUCCUACAUUUGCACACCUUGCCAAAACCUUUUUGAUAAACCCCAACAACCGCAAGCUAUUAGAUUCUAAACGGUGAAUACUCUGGAAGUUAUUGCAUGGAUCGACAUCAGUGUUUUUAUAAGAUAUCAAUGAAGUAUACAGUGCAUUCGGAAAGUAUUCAGACCCCUUGACUUUUUCCACAUUUUGUUUACGGUACAGCCUUAUUCUAAAAUAGAUUCAAUAAAAACAUUUCCUUAUCAAUCUACACACAAUACCCCAUACUGACAAAGUGAAAACAGGUUUUUAGAUUUUUUAGCAAAUAUAUUAAAGAUCAGAUACCUUAUUUACAUAAGUAUUCAGACCCUUUGCUAUGAGACUCGAAAUUGAGCUAAGGUGCAUCCUGUUUCCAUUGAUCAUCCUUGAGAUUUCUACAACUUGAUUGGAGUCCACCUGUGGUAAAUUCAAUUGAUUGGAUGGGAUUUGGAAAGGUACACACACGUCUAUAUAAGGUCCCAUGUAGCUCAGUUGGUAGAGCUUGCAAUGCCAGCGUUGUGGGUUCGAUUCCCACGGGGGGCCAAUAUGAUUUUUUAUUUUUUUUAAUGUAUGCUAUCACUAACUGUAAGUCGCUCUGGAUAAGAGCGUCUGCUAAAUGACUAAAAUGUAAAUAUAAAAUGUCCCACAGUUGACAGUGCAUGUCAGAGCAAAAACCAAGCCAUGAUGUUGAAGGUAUUGUCCGUAGAGCUCCGAGACCGGAUUGUGUCGAGGCACAGAUCUGGGGAAGGGUACCAAAAAUGUCUGCAGCAUUGAAGGUCCCCAAGAACAUGGUGGCCUCCAUCGUUCUUAAAUGGAAGAAGUUUGGAACAACCAAGACUCUUCCUAGAGCUGGCCGCCCGGCCAAACAGAGCAAUCGGGUGAGUAGGGCCUUGGUCAAGGAGGUGACCAAGAACCCAAUGGUCAUUCUGACAGAGCUCCAGAGUUUCUCUGUGGAGAUGGGAGAACCUUCCAGAAGGACAACCAUCUCUACAGCACUCCACCAAUCAGGCCUUCAUGGUAGAGUGGCGAGACGGAAGCCACUCUUCAGUAAAAGGCACAUGACAGCCCGCUUGGAGUUUGCCAAAAGGCACCAAAAGGACGAUGAGAAACAAGAUUCUCUGGUCUGAUGAAACCAAGAUUGAACUCUUAGGCCUGAAUUCCAAGUGUCACAUCUGGAGGAAACCAGGCACCAUCCCUAUGGUGAAGCAUGGUGGUGGCAGCAUUAUGCUGUGGGGAUGUUUUUCAGGGACUUGGAGACUAGUCAGGAUCGAGGGAAAGAUGAACGGAGCAAAGUACAGAGAGCUCCUUCAUGAAAACCUGCUCCAUAGCGCUCAGGACCUGACUGGGGUGAAGGUUCACCUUCCAUCAGGACAACAACCCUAAGCACACAGCCAAGACAAUGCAGGAGUGGCUUCGGGACAAGUCUCUGAAUGUCCUUCAGUGGCCUAGACAGAGCCCAGACUUGAACCAGAUCGAACAUCUCUGGAGAGACCUGAAAAUAGCUGUGCAGCGACGCUCCCCAUCCAACCUGACAGAGCUUGAGAGGAUCUGCAGAGAGGAAUGGGAGAAACUCCCCAAAUACAGGUGUGCCAAGCUUGUAGCGUCAUACCCAAGAAGACUCGAGGCUGUAAUUGCUGCCAAAGGUGCUUCAACAAAGUACUGAGUAAAUGUCAUCAAUUUAAUCAAUUUUAGAAUAAGGCUUUAACGUAACAAAGUGGAAAAAGUCAAGGGGUCUGAAUACUUUCCGAAUGCACUGUAAAUGUGUAUAUACCUGAACUUAAUAUUGGAAGAAUUCAAUUGACGGAGAGUGGACCAUAAAAAUAAUAUGAUGUUCUGUGUGUGUAUAGGGGUGAAGCCGUAUGCUUGCACCAUGUGUGACAAGAGGUUUUUCCAGCGAGACCAUCUUCGGAGACACAGCGUCACUCAUAUGGGUAUGGGUCCAUUCUGGUAUACAGGGUUGGAACGAUUUAGCCUAUAUGCUAGCUACUGCACAAAUCAAGGAUGGCCACGAAAACAAUUUGUUUAUGAUGAAAAACAAUUUGGAUUGUUGGUUAAAUCACAAUUGUGGAGAUUUUUUAUUUUGUGCUACCAUAUGAAAACCCCCAAUCCUACUUCUUGAAAUCCGCAUGUUGAUAACAAUGUUGCUUUGUGGAUAUUGUUGAUCGUACUGAAUGUGGUGUGAAGUUUAUGGUAUUAGAUUAUGAACUUCUCAUCAUCCAAGUGCAAUUUCUUGCAUUCUCUGCUCUGUGGGUGACACCUAGUAAAAUUGUCUCAUCCUAAACAAAAAUUGUUUUAUUGGCCAUCCUUAAUUCGCACAUCUUACCAACACCUUUUUUUUUUUAAAUAGACCCCAACAACCGCAAGCUAUUGAGGUGGUAGUGUAAUCAGAUUCUUCUUGGUGAAUACCCUGGAAGUUAUGGUGCGUUCGAUUGCUGUCGGAAAUUUAAAAAUAUGAGUUCACAACAAGUGUAGUUACAAGUGGUGGGAAACUUGGGCCAGUAUAAAGAUACCCGAAUUUCUGAGUUGUGACAUAUCGUCCUUGAAUUUUAAACUUUUUGACCAAAUAUGGUAAAGCAAAGCCAUUUACAAUAAUGUAGCUAGUUUGACCCACACUGUCUGGUUUGACACAUUGUCAAUGUAAGCAAGCUCGCAAUGUUGGUUCUUUGCCAUCAAGCUGAAAUGUCAUUGGCUGAAGAAUUUGUUCCGAGCGCUGACUUCAAAAGCGCUUGUAUUCACUCGUCAUAUUUACGACUUCACCACUGUGCAAUAUAAGAUCCCGAGAACCAUUCGAACACACCACCAUUGACAUCGGUGGUUUAUCAGAAAUAAAUGUAUACACACCUAAGCUUAAUUUUGGAGGACUUCAGUCGAUGGAGAGUGAGACUUAAAAACAAUAUUUUCUGUGUGUACAGCGGUGAAGCCGUUCGCUUGCACCAUGUGUGACAAGAGGUUUUUUGAGCGCCACCACCUGCGGAGACACAGCGUCACUCAUAUGGGUAUGGGUCCAUUCACCGUACCCUUGACAUUAAGAUCAGGCUACACCUGAACCACAGUAUACAGAGUUGGCAGGGUUUAAAUGCCAGCCACAGCGCAAAUUAAGGAUGGCCAAAAAAAUAUAACUAGUAUAUGAUUCAUGUUGGAUAAAUCAUGGUUGUAGAGAUAUUCUUCAAAUUUGUAUUUUUACUUUUCUUUCAACUCGAUAAUAUUUUAAUUGAGCAAGUGUUACCAAAAUUGAUUUUCUUGCAUCUCGUGGAAACACCUUAACGCACCCAAUCCUGCUGCUUGAAAUUAGCAUGUUGAUAACAAUAACGCAGCUUGGUAUUAAUUGUUCGUAAUACUGUAUGUGGUGUGAAGGUAAUGGUAAGAGAUCACAAACUUGUCAUCCAAGUGCAAUUUCUUACAUUCUUACAUUUUGUUGGCCACCCUUAAUUCACACACCUUGUCAACACCUUUUUGAUAAAAAACCCAACAACCGCAAGCUAUUGAGGUGGAGUAUUUAGAUUCCUCAGGGUAAAUACCCUAUAAGUUAUUGACAUCAGUGAUUUUAAUAGGAAAUCAAUGUAGUAUAAAUGUAUAUACCUGAACUUAAUAUUGGAAGACUUCACUCGAUGAAUAGUGAGGCAUAAAAAUAAUAUGAUGUUCUGUGUGUAUAGGGGUGAAGCCGUAUGCUUGCACCAUGUGUGACAAGAGGUUUUUUGAGCGCCACCGCCUGCGGAGACACAGCAUUACUCAUAUGGGUAUGGGUCCGUUCACCGUACCCUUGACAUUAAGAUCAGGCUACACCUAAACCCUAGUAUACAUACUCUCACGCACCAGACCCUUUACCCCCAAAGCUCGUAAGAUCUGGAAUACCAUAGCGUCAAAAAUUGCCUUCAUUAACCCAAUAGUAACAACGGGAGAAAGCCCUGGAAAAUGUGGCUAGCUGCUUCAGUCCGUUCUGUCGUUUUUUUUUUUUUUUUUUUUGUUCGGAUAGUUGGUUUUCCCCACAAGCGCUACACAUUGACGACAGAUUUUGACGAUGUAUAGCCUGCAGGUCUUCUGUAUUUAGAUAGCACACCACAUGUUUCUGAUUUGGAGCCACGCCUCACGUUGAUUUGCUAAAAUGAAAUAAUUACAAACACGUCACUUUCUAAAUUCACUCUCACUAAGGCCAGAUUUGAGUUGUUUGUGUACCACCGGCUCAUACACCACAUAAUGUUUAUAUGCAGUCAUUUUAGUAUACAGUUAUACCUGAACAAUAAUAUUGACAGAGUGAGAAACAAAAAUAAUAUGAUGUUCUGUGUGUAUAGGGGUGAAGCCGUAUGCUUGCACCAUGUGUGACAAGAGGUUUUUUCAGCGCCACCACCUGCGGAGACACAGCAUCACUCAUAUGGGUAUGGGUCCAUUCACCGUACCCUUGACAUUAAGAUCAGGCUACACCUGAACCUGAGUAUACAGGGGUGGCAGGAUUUAUAUGCUAGUUAUCAUACACAAAGAAAUGUGUAGAUAAGAUAUAUUAUUUGAUUAUAGGUUGUAUAUGAAAUUACAUAAUUUCCAUACGUUUGGAUGGACAGCAGUGGCUUUUAAAUAAUAACUAGCUUAAAUAAAAAAACACAAUAUUGGAGUACUUCAGUGGAUGGAUUUUGAGAACUUAAGUAAUAUAUUGUUUUGUGUGUGUAUAGGGGUGAAGCCGUACGCUUGCACCAUGUGUGACAAGAGGUUUUACCAGCGCCACCACCUAGCAAGACACAGCGUCACUCACAUGGGUAUGUCAUUAAGGCUAUUGGUGAAAUGUUUGCAUGUUAGGUUUGAUAUCCAAAACGCCCAUAAUUCCAUUUCUCUUAAGGAUGAGAAGGGCUAAUAUUACUUCCAGAUGAUGUCAUCAGCUCAUGUGAUGUGUUUUGUUAUUUGGGGAAAAACAACUACACCGACUGUUCGAUAACUCGCACCUCAAUAGCAUGCGGCUUUGGAUAACUUGCGUUAUGUAAUUGUUACGUGUAUUUUCAACCCGAAAAUAUUUGAAUUGAGCAAGUUAUCAUAAUUUUUUUUUUAUUGAAACCUUCACAAAAAGUAGUUGAAGUAGGUUUACCAUCUGAAAACAGGUCAGUUCUGCUCUGUGAAAGUAGCUUGUUGAUACCAAAAUGGCACUCUGUGCAUAUUAUUAGUUGUCCUGUAUUCCGUGUGACGUGGUGUUUUAGGUAUGAGAUGGUGAACUUGUCAUCAAGUGUGAUUUUCUACAUUCUGAACCCAGUGGAUAGAAACCCUAUAUUUUCUACCAUAAUUAAAAUUGUGUUCUAUAUAGAUAACGCUUUAUUGCUCAGCCUCAAUUCACGCUAUAUAAAAUAAAUAAAUGUAUAACAUUUAACUUGUGCUUUGUUGGACUCCAAAAACCACCGCGAGUUAUCGAAGUGGCGGUGUAAUUAAAUUUCUUCAGUGUGAAUCCUCUGUUAUAAUUGCAUAGAUUUACAACAGUGGUUAAUAAACAAUCAACGCAUACACAUUAUAUUCAUCGAUUCACACAUCUUCAAUGGAUGGAGUGUGAAAAAGAAAAAUAAUACAAUUUAUGUUCUAUGUGUGUAUAGGAGUGAAGCCGUAUGCUUGCACCAUGUGUGACAAGAGGUUUUAUCAGCGCCACCACCUGGCGAGACACAGCGUCACUCACAUGGGUAUGGGUCCACUCACUGUACUCCUGUCACUAAGACCAGGCUACACCUGAACCCCAGUAUAUAGGGUUGGCAGGACUUAUAAGCUUGUCAUGCACAAAUAAAUGUAUAGGUGAAAUGUAUUGUUUUAUAUGUUAGGUUUAAUAUCCAAAUAAGUCCAGAAUGUAAUUACCCUUAAGGAUGAAGCUAAUGUUACCUCCAGAUGACAUCAGCACGUGAUUUGUUGUGGAUAAAAGCAUAAAGAAUGUAUUGGCUAGAAAUUACAUUGACCACUCAGUAACCCAUGCCUCAGUAAAUAAAUAAAAAACGGAUGGUUGAGGAGAUGUCUUCCAGAAUUGUAUGUGUGUUUUCAAACCAGACAGUUAUGAUAAGUGUUAUUGUAAUGGAUGUUAUUGGAAACUGCAGAAACUGGUAAAGAUUUAUUAAAUCUGAAAACACCCAAUCCUGCUCAGUGUUACCGACUUGGCCACUUUGCACUAGAGUCACUAGAUCUAGCAAAGUUUGGGAUCCCUCCUCCCACUUUUGCCCCCUGAAAGUUACUAGGACAAAUUCAGCAAUAUUAAAGGCAUUCUCAGAGAGUUUGCCUCUGAGAGUUUUCAGGAAUUAGCCUCCGGCUAUGUGAUGAUCACAUGCAUUGCAAUUUGGUGUCAUCUAACAACUUCUAGUGACAAAUUGUGCAGCCAAUAGCUAUUUUCCCCCAAAAAAGUUGGCAACACCGGUCAUGUUGCGUGAAGGCAGAAUGUUGAUAAUAGCCACGUGCAUAUUUUCAGUCCUGCUGUUUUUGUGCCUGAAGUUUAUGGUAAACCUAAUAUUGGACGACAUUAAUAUGGAGUGUGAGGCACAGCAGUAAUGUAUUGAUGCUCUUGUGUGUGUGUGUGUGUGUGUGUGUGUGUGUAGGGGUGAAGCCGUACGGUUGCACCAUGUGUGACAAGAGGUUUUACCAGCGUUACCUCCUGGCAAGACACAGCCUCACGCAUUUGGGUAUGGUCCGCUCACCGUACCCACCGUACCCAAGAUCAGGCUACACCUGAACCCCAGUAUACAGGGUUGGCAGAAUUUAUAUGCUAGUUGUGAUCAAAUAAAUAUGUAGGUGAAAUAUGUUAUUUUAGAUGAUCAGUUUGAUACCCCAAAAAGUCCAUAAUGUAAUUUAUCUUAAGGAUGGGAAGGGCUAGUUUUACAACCAGAUGACAUCAGCUCAUGACAUGUGUUGUGGUUGUGGACUAAAGCAUUUAAAAAAUGCAUUAAACUUUAUUGGGGAAAAAUAACUACACUGACCACUCAGUAACUCAUGCCUCAAUAAGUUUCUAAUUGGAAUAACACACGGUUGUGGAGAUGUCUUCCAAAAUGUUAGGUGUAUUUGCAAACCAGUUAUGAUAAAUGUUAUGGAAUUGCUGUUAUUGGAACUUGCAGAAACUCUUAAAGAUGUCUACAAUCUGAAAACACCCAAUCCUGCUCAGUGUUGCCAACUUGGCCACUUUGCACUAGUCACUAGAUCUUUUGGAUCCCCCUCUCCUUUCCCCCUAAAAGUGACUAAGGAAUAUUCAGCAACAUUUAAGGAAUUCUCAGAGUUUUACCUCUGAGAGUUUUCAGAAUGUCAGUGACUUGCCUGCGGUGAAUUUGCCUAGUCAGAACAGCAGCAUACACACUCACUGUGCUGAUGAUCACAUGCCUUACACAUUUGUGUUGUGACAUUAUCACGCAAAUACAUUUUCUACUUCAUCUACAAUUUCUAGUGAAAUAUUGCGCUACCAAUAGCUGUUUGCGUUCCCCACAAAAAGUUGGCAACACCAGUCCUGUUGCGUGAAGGCAGAAUGUUGAUAAUAACAGCACCUGGUGCAUAUUGUCUGUUGUGCUGUAUUUGUGUCUGAAAUCUAUGGUAAACCUAAUAGUGGAAGACUAACAAGAGGUACGAAGUAAUGUAUUGAUGCGCUUGUGUGUGUGUGUGUGUGUGUGUGUGUGUGUGUGUGUGUAUAGGGGUGAAGCCGUACGGUUGCACCAUGUGUGACAAGAGGUUUUACCAACGAUACCACCUCUCAAGACACAGCCUCACGCAUUUGGGUAUGGGUCCGUUCACCGUACCCACUGUACCCAAGAUCAGGCCACACCUGAACCCUUGUAUACAGGGUUGGCAGGAUGUAUAUGCUAGUCAUCAUGCACAAAGAAAUAUAGGUGAAGUAUUGUUUUCAAGUUAGGUUUGAUUUCCAGAAGAGUUUGGAUGAGAAGGGAUAGUUUUACAAUUAGAUUACAAUCAUCAGCUCAUGUGAUGUGUUGUGGCUGUGGACUAAAGCAUUGUAAAAAAAAUUGUUGGAGGAACAUCUCCCUUAUUCUUCCACCUGAAUCCCCUGUAAAUUAUUGCAUGGAUUGAAAUGAGUGGUUAAAUCAUUUUAGCAUAAAUGGAUAUACUGUACUUAAACUUCCUAUUGGACUUAAAUUGGAGUGUGAGGAACAAAAGUAAUAUCUCAAUGCUCUGUGCAUUUAGGUGUGAAACCUUACGCUUGCACCAUGUGUGACAUGAGGUUUGUUCAGCGCUACCACCUGACAAGACACAGCCUCACUCAUACGGGUAUGGGCCCGCUCACCGUACCCAUCACACAUAUACAAUCUAGUAAAGGAUGUUAGUAAUGGAUUUUCACAGAUAAAAGUAACGAAAGACUUCUAGAAAAUAUCAGUUUCUCAUCUACAUCGUUUUGUAACGAGGAAUUAGUAUUUUGUUGAUUUAUGUUUUAAACACUGCAGCAACACUAAUAUUUGUAAUACAUUCUAGUACAAGUUCCAUAUUAUCUACUUCUAAAAUUAUGUUUAAAGCUAGACCCCUAAAGAUCUUCUUCAGCUAAUUGCGAAUGUAGCUAUCAUUUGGAUGUCGCGAUAAUAAUACAUAAUUUAUAAAAAAUAAUGAAAUCUUUCCAACUAUUCCCAACAUGGCUUGACCAGGCACUUCCAUGUAGGCUUAAAUAAUCUAUAUAACAAUGUAACAUCUUAGGCUUGUUGUGAGAUUGUCUGGAGCUAAGUAGCUAGUGCUAUGAUCGUAUAGUGAACAUUUUUGUUGAAACUUGUAACUACAACUAAGAUUGUCUAAUGGUUAGUUUUCAACGUUGGCACAAAUGGUUAUUUAGCAAUAUUUAGUUUACGAUAUUUGGCUUUCUGGCUAGUUAUUUUUGCGGUGGCUUUGACACCACAAAUACGUUCUGCAAUGGCUUUGGCACACAAUUCCGGAUUUUAUCCAGUGCUUAGUUUACAAUUGCAUGCACUGAUUGUUCUUAUCUAGCUACUCGUGUUUUUUGAUGCAACAAUUAAAUAUCAAAAGUAGUCUUCAUUAGAGCUGAUAAAACAAGUUAGAUUGCAACAUCUUCUCAUCCUUGUAAUAGAUAGCCCACAUUGUGAUAUGACACGAAGCACUCUUACUGUAAUUGUAACAUGCUUAUGGUAGCAAACAUUUCUCUCACAAUAGUAUUUGUGGAGCUAGCUUGAGCUCUUUAGGUUUUGCUUGUGUUGUACUCUUUGGAGAAAGAGAGCUAAUGCAUUGCUCUGUGUGUAUAGGGGUGAAGCCGUAUGCUUGUUCCAUGUGUGACAUGAGGUUUAUUCAGCGUAACCACCUGGAGAGACACAGCCACACUCAUACGGGUAUGCGCCCAUUUACCGUACCCUUAUCCCAAAGAAAGGCUAUUUUAAUAAAAACAAAUACGACCACAACAAACUCGAGUUUGGAUUGUCAAGUCAUUUGAUGGGAUGUUGAACCAGCCUCAAACUAUCAAGUAAAACGUUUCAGGGCAUCGAGUUGGUAUGAUGAAUAAAACAAAAUCAGAGAUUCCACUCUAAUCUACACAUAAUGAGUUGAUGACAAAACAUCUUCAAAUGUUACCGGAAGUUUAGCUUCUUAUCCUCAAUUCCUGUCCAGAAACUGGCUCAUAUUCAGUAGUUUGACUUAGUUUUGUUGACAUGAGAACUAAAGAAACCUAGUUUCCCAUCGCUUUAACAAACAUUUGUAGAUGCAGUUAAUGUAACCAGUAGACUUUAGUAAGAGUAAAUAAUGUACAGUUUGUGGUUCGUCUCUGUGGAUUUGAUGUGAUGAAUCUGUUUGUGUGCUCUUUUAGGGGAGAAGCCGUUUGCUUGUGACAUGUGUGACAUGAGGUUUAUCCAGCGUUACCAUCUGGAGAGACACAAGCGUGUCCACAGCGGAGAGAAGCCUUAUCAGUGUGAGCGCUGCCAGCAGGUAAGAGAGCUUGCGCACACACAGAUGUGCACGCCUGUGCACAUACACACGGCCGCACGCAUUGGAAAGAUGCCUUCUCAGUGUGAGCAGUGCCAGCACGUAAAAUAACAUGCCUUACGUGCUGGUACUGAGGAACACAUGCACACGUAGACACACAUGGAAAUGCCCUCUUCACAAAACAUCUGCCGCAGGGUGAGCAGUGCCAGCUCUUAGCAGAAUGUUCUCACAGAAGCACACAUACACUACCGUUCAAAAGUUUGGGGUCACUUAGAAAUGUCCUUGUUUUCGAAAGAAAAGCAAUUUUUUUUGUCCAUUUUAAAAUAACAUCAAAUUGAUCAGAAAUACAGUGUAGACAUUGUUAAUGUUGUAAAUGGCUAUUGUAGCUGGAAACGGCUGAUUUUUUUUAUGGAAUAUCUACAUAGGCGUACAGAUGCCCAUUAUCAGCAACCAUCAGUCCUGUGUUCCAAUGGGACAUUGUGUUUGCUAAUCCAAGUCUAUCAUUUUAAAAGGCUAAUUGAUCAUUAGAAAACCCUUUUGCAAUUAUGUUAGCACAUCUGAAAACUGUUGUGCUGAUUAAAGAAGCAAUACAACUGGCCUUCUUGAGACUAGUUGAGUAUCUGGAGCAUCAGCAAUUGUGGGUUCGAUUACAGGCUCAAAAUGGCCAGAAACAAAGAACUUUCUUCUGAAACUCGUCAGUCUAUUCUUGUUCUGAGAAAUGAAGGCUAUUCCAUGCGAGAAAUUGCCAAGGAACUGAAGACCUCGUACAACACUGUGUACUACUCCCUUCACAGAACAGCGCAAACUGGCUCUAACCAGAAUAGAAAGAGUAGUGGGAGGCCCCGGUGCACAACUGAGCAAGAUGACAAAUACAUUAGUGUCUAGUUUGAGAAACAGACGCCUCACAGGUCCUCAACUGGCAGCGUCAUUAAAUAGUACCCGCAAAACACCAGUCUCAACGUCAACAGUGAAGAGGCGACUCCAGGAUGCUGACCUUCUAGGCAGAGUUGCAAAGAAAAAGCAAUGUCUCAGAAUGGCCAAUAAAAAGAAAAGAUUAAGAUGGGCAGUCUUAGACAUGGCUUUUUCUUUGCAACUCUGCCUAGAAGGUCAGCAUCCCAGAGUCGCCUCUUCACUGUUGAUGUUGAGACUGGUGUUUUCUGGGUACUAUUUAAUGAAGCUGCCAGUUGAGGACCUGUGAGGCGCCUGUUUCUCAAACUAGACACUAAUGUACACUACUCAAAAAAAUAAAGGGAACACUUAAACAACACAAUGUAACUCCAAGUCAAUCACACUUCUGUGAAAUCAACCUGUCCACUUAGGAAGCAACACUGAUUGACAAUACAUUUUACAUGCUGUUGUGCAAAUGGAAUAGACAACAGGUGGAAAUUAUAGGCAAUUAGCAAGACCCCCCCCAAUAAAGGACUGGUUUUGCAGGUGGUGACCACAGACUACUUCUCAGUUCCUAUGCUUCCUGGCUGAUGUUUUGGUCACUUUUGAAUGCUGGCGGUGCUUUCACUCUAGUGGUAGCAUGAGACUGAGUCUACAACCCACACAAGUGGCUCAGGUAGUGCAGCUCAUCCAGGAUGGCACAUCAAUGCGAGCUGUGGCAAGAAGGUUUGCUGUGUCUGUCAGCGUAGUGUCCAGAGCAUGGAGGCGCUACCAGGAGACAGGCCAGUACAUCAGGAGACGUGGAGGAGGCCGUAGGAGGGCAACAACCCAGCAGCAGGAUUGCUACCUCCGCCUUUGUGCAAGGAGGAGCAGGAGGAGCACUGCCAGAGCCCUGCAAUAUGACCUCCAGCAGGCCACAAAUGUGCAUGUGUCUGCUCAAACGGUCAGAAACAGACUCCAUGAGGGUGGUAUGAGGGCCCGACGUCCACAGGUGGGGGUUGUGCUUACAGCCCAACACCGUGCAGGACGUUUGGCAUUUGCCAGAGAACACCAAGAUUGGCAAAUUCGCCACUGGUGCCCUGUGCGCUUCACAGAUGAAAGCAGGUUCACACUGAGCUCGUGACAGACGUGACAGAGUCUGGAGACGCCGUGGAGAACGUUCUGCUGCCUGCAACAUCCUCCAGCAUGACCGGUUUGGCGGUGGGUCAGUCAUGGUGUGGAGUGGCAUUUCUUUGGGGGGCUGCACAGCCCUCCAUGUGCUCGCCAGAGGUAGCCUGACUGCCAUUAGGUACCGAGAUGAGAUCCUCAGACCCCUUGUGAGACCAUAUGCUGGUGCGGUUGGCCCUGGGUUCCUCCUAAUGCUAGACCUCGUGGCUGGAGUGUGUCAGCAGUUCCUGCAAGAGGAAGGCAUUGAUCCUAUGGACUGGCCCGCCCGUUCCCCAGACCUGAAUCCAAUUGAGCACAUCUGGGACAUCAUGUCUCGCUCCAUCCACCGACACCACGUUGCACCACAGACUGUCCAGGAGUUGGCGGAUGCUUUAGUCCAGGUCUGGGAGGAGAUCCCUCAGGAGACCAUCCGCCACCUCAUCAGGAGCAUGCCCAGGUGUUGUAGGGAGGUCAUACAGGCACGUGGAGGCCACACACACUACUGAGCCUCAUUUUGACUUGUUUUAAGGACAUUACAUCAAAGUUGGAUUAGCCUGUAGUGUGGUUUUCCACUUUAAUUAUGAGGGUGACUCCAAAUCCAGACCUCCAUGGGUUGCUAAAUUUGAUUUCCAUUGAUAAUUUUUGUGUGAUUUUGUUGUCAGCACAUUCAACUAUGUAAAGAAAUUAUUUAAUACGAUUAUUUCAUUCAUUCAGAUCUAGGAUGUGUUAUUUUAGUGUUCCCUUAAUUUUCUUGAGCAGUGUAUUUGUCCUCUUGCUCAGUUGUGCACUGGGGCCUCCCACUCCUCUUUCUAUUCUGGUUAGAGCCUGUUUGCGCUGUUCUGUGAAGGGAGUAGAACACAGCGUUGUACAAGAUCUUCAGUUUCUUGGCAAUUUCUCGCAUGGAAUAGCCUUCAUUUCUCAGAACAAGAAUAGACUGCUGAUGCUCCAGAUACUCAACUAGUCUCAAGAAGGCCAGUUUUAUUACUUCUUUAAUGAGCACAACAGUUUUCAGCUGUGCUAACAUUAUUGCAAAAGGGUUUUCUAUUGAUCAAUUAGCCUUUUAAAAUGAUAAACUUGGAUUAGCAAACACAACGUGCCACUGGAACACAGGACUGAUGGCUGCUGAUAAUGGGCUUCUGUACGCCUAUGUAGAUAUUCCAUUAAAAAUCAGCUGUUUCCAGCUAUAAAAGCCAUUUACAACAUUAGCAAUGUCUACACUGUAUUUCUGAUCAAUUUGAUGUUAUUUUAAUGGACAAAAAAAUUGCUUUUCUUUUGAAAACAAGGACAUUUCUAAGUGACCCCAAACUUUGGAACGGUAGUGUACAUGCUGAUACAGGCACGCAUCAUACCCACGCAGCACUUGUAGCAAAGACAUGCCCUACCAGGUUAGAAAAUUACUUUUUAAGGGCGAGCAGUGCACAUACUCUGACAGGCGCACACACGCCUACAUGCACCAGAAAGUCUGAUUGACCAAACGGACACAGUGGGCUUAAUUGUAUUGGGCAUGUGUCCACACAUUCAUCUGUUUAAAUGAAUGCUGAAUAAAUCCUCCUCUAUUUAUGUGUUGUAGAACUUCUCGCGGACGGACCGGCUGCUUCGACAUCGGCGGCUGUGCCAGGGUCGGGGUGUGGCCAAGGUGGAGAACCAGCCCUGCUGCGAGCCCCGCCCUUACUCCCAGGAGCCCCCACCCGCUCCACCAACUUGGAGCCCCCUGCACCCCCCUCCUGGUCGGCUGGCUGUCUGA